AUGGCAGGUGGCCACAUGAAGUACCGCACCCUCGGCCGCGACUCGGCCCACAGGCAGGCCCUCCUGCGCAACCUCGUCACCUCGCUGGUCAAGCAGGAGUCCAUCCAGACCACCUGGCCCAAGGCCAAGGAGGCCCAGAGGCUAGCGGACAACCUCAUCACCCUGGCCAAGAACAACAACGAGACCGCGAGGAGGAAGGCACAGGCGAUUCUCUACACACCCGACCUCCUCCUGCCCAAGCUCUUCGGCGAGCUGCGCGAGCGCUACGAGAACAGGCCCGGCGGCUACACACGCGUCCUGCGCACCGAGCCCAUGAACAAGCACCAGCAGGACCAGGCGCCCUCGGCCCUGUUAUUAUUCGUCGACGGCCCCGCGGACGUGCGCUUCGCCAUGACCGCCGCCACCGUGGCCCGGGACGAGGUGCUGGGCAAGAAGCGGUCCAACAACCUCACCAUGAUGAACGUGAAGAAGAUGCUGGCGUUCAGGAAGGGCGGCGAGAAGGAGUUCAGGGACCUGGUGGAGAAGAUAAAAAGGCAGGAGAGGAACAACUUUAUCAAGCAGGAGGAGGAGCAGACGGGGAGGCCGUACAAGUUCCAGGUAUAG